GAAACCCGUCUCUGGAAGUUUCCCAAGCAUCUUCAUGAUUUUCAUGAUACCAUAUCAGUUAGAUUCUGCUCUUGAAAUAAAUGACGAUUUAUUGAAAUAUCGACGAAUGGCGAAAUUCUAUUGGCGUGAUCUGCAGGAAUGGCUGUACGGUUCGGAGAGUAUUAAGUUUAAGGAUAAGGUCUUUGAAAAACUCCGUACCAGUAAUGUUUUUAUUCGGGACUGGCGAACAUUGACGAUGGAUGAAAGUCGCCAAAUAUGCGAUCGACGAUGGAAACAGCUUCUGGAAUAUAAUUUCAUCACAUUCGAUGGACUUAAAACAGAUCCUGAAAUAUUUGUGGACUUCGCGGAAGUGUUAGAAAGUUAUGACCAAGGUUUAGCAGCAAAAUUCUACAUCAGUGCAAUCUUCUAUAUCACAGUGUUAUCAAUGGGGACAAGUCGUCAUCACCAAAUACUCGAGAAAUGCAUCAACAAUGAGAUUGUUGGCUGCUUUUGCUUGACGGAGCUGUCGCAUGGAUCAGACGCGAAUUCAGUCCGUACUGAAUGCCAUUACGACAAGGGCCAAUUCGUGAUGCACUCACCGGAUAAUGAAGCAAUCAAGUGUUGGGCAGGCAAUUUAGGCAUGAAUGCAACCCAUGCAAUUAUUUUUGCUCAGCUUUACACUAACCACACAUGUUAUGGAUUGCAUGCAUUUUGUAUACAAAUCCGUGAUUCCAAGAAGACACCUUUGGAAGGUAUAACAAUUGGUGAUAUGGGAGAGAAAGUGGGUGCUUGGAAUGGUAUCGAUAAUGGAUGGAUCAAGUUUAACAAGCAUCGUUUUCAUUUAGAUGCAUUACUGAACCGAGUAGCAACCGUUCAUUCUGACGGAACUUAUCACUCUAUCCUUAAAAAUAUCAAAGAACAACAAUUAGCAAGUUUGGCUAUUCUAUCUAUUGGACGCGCAGCUGUCGUUGGCAAAGGUGUAGUGGCAGUUCAAUUUGCUGCGAUCAUAGCGGCACGUUAUUCAGCUGUUAGGAGGCAAUUCCGUAUUGCUGAUCAUACAGAAGAACGAUCAAUCAUCGAAUAUCCCAUGCAACAGCAUCGAUUCUUCCCGCACAUUGCUACAUCAAUUGCUUUAACCAUUUUCUAUCGCAAAUUUAUUUUCAUUUGUUAUAAGCAUUUUAUACGUUGUAUGGAAGAUGGAAGACUUCCAUAUGAGUUAUUGCUAUCACGAGAAAUACAAAUCCUUAGUUGUGCAGCAAAGAUAUUAUCAACGGAAGAAGGUGUCAGUGCUUUAGACGAUGCUCGUCUUGCUUGCGGUGCGCAUGGAUUUUUGAAAUGUUCGCGAUUGAAUGAUCUUCGGGAAGACUUCGAUCCAUCUCGAACUUUUGAAGGUGACAACAAUAUAUUAAUGCAACAAGUAACCUAUGCAUUACUUGCGUUAUCGGAAGAAGAAGGUUCACAGAGCUGGAAUGAUUCACCUCUUCGAAGUUUGGUAUUUUUAGCUAGCAAGCCAGAAAAAUUCUCAUCUUGGAAAGAUGAUCCAUUGGAAGAUAUUGCAAAUGCCUACGUCUGGCUGUUGCAUUUCCUCAUCUCAGAAGUUAAAGAAGAUAUCAAAGGCAAAGUUAACGACGGAUUUGAUAAACGACAGGCUCAAUUGGAAGCACAGAGUGAACAAUACAGAAUGAUUACGUAUGCUUACUGCGAACUAACCAUAUUAAACUGUUUUCGGGAAUCGUUGCAGAAGGCACCGGAAUUUAUCCGAGGAAUUUUACGCCGACUUGCUACUAUAUAUGCUUACAACUCUAUUAAUAAACACAUUGCGAUACUUUACAUUGGUGGUUACUGCAUCGGGGGACAGUGGGGCAGUACCGUGAAGAAACGUCUUCGUGAAUCAGAAGCAAUGAUUUUUCCUGAUGCUAUUUCAGUAUGUGAUGCUCUUGCUCCGCCAGAUUUCCUUUUGCAUUCCAUAUUAGGCUUUAACGAUGGACAAAUCUACCAACGGCUUAUCCAAUAUUUCAUGGAAUUUCCCCAUGAAAACAUUGGUAACAAUAAUAAUUAG